CUCCGAUGCAGAGUCAUGACGCUAAUCUCAGGUCAAAGGGGCGAAACAACGGGCCCCCACACUGGCCUGGAAGUCUUAUAAAUAGCCACUCCAAUUCUUACACCUCGCCCUUAUACCCUUGCAACUUACACUUCGUAGUUUUUUUAAACUCAGUCAACAUGCGCUCUUUUGCUGUCCUUGCUGCCCUUGUCAUCUGCUUGUCCCAGGUCACUGUUGAUGUGACUGCCUCGACCUCGAAACCCACAAAAACGGACUACUUCGGAGGGCGCCCCGCCAGACGCUCGUCUCUGCCCAGUACACUCCUCACUGAGGUGCUGUGCGCAGCUGGCCCGACUCCUCCUCCGGGUGCAGGAGCCGGUGGUCCCACUCCUCCUCCCCCGCCACCAGCACCAGAAGCUGAAGCCCCUGCUCCCUCGCCAAAUGGUACCGCUGUCAGCCCAACAAGCCACCCUGCUCCUGCUGGCCCUCCAGGACCAGUUCCAGGAGACAUGUCAUCUGGGCAAUGCAUGUGCCCUCCACCUCCCUCUUGUGCAGCCGGCGGUGCCGGUACGCCGCCAGCACCUUCUGGUGGAGCGGCUGACCCAUCAACUCAACCAGCACCUGCGGACAACUCCACGGCCCCGGAGCCAUCUGCUCCCCAGCCUGACGCGCCGACCAACGGCACGGAUGUCCCUACUGGAGACUCUGCGGGUGCCGCCGCUGUUGCUUCUCCAGAGGCGAUGACUUUCACCGGUAUCGUUGCCAUGUCUCUUGCCGCCAUUGCUUUGUAAUCUCAAUCAUGAUGAGCUUUUGUUAGAUUGUGUUUAGAAUUUCGCGUUCCCAGUUGUACACCUUCUUUUUUCGCACAUCCCAAUCCAG